UUGUACGUCGCAGUUAGCUGUGUGUAGUUGGUGUUGCGCGAUAAAGCUUAGAGAACGAUCAGAGGUGAGUGCGUCUAUACUGCGCAACGCAAAAAAAACAACUAAAACAAAACAAAACCAAAAAAAAUAAGCCCACUUCUCCACAACGUUUUGUGCGAUUCUGCAAUUCGUUUUUUCCCACUGAUUCGUUUUUUCCCCCUGAAUGAUUUCCGCUAAUAAUUCUGACGUAUGACAAUGACUUGCUCACGCCCGGAUAGAGCAGAAGAGAAGAAGACUCCGAGUGCACUUGCAGAUCAACGGAUUCAAAGGUUAACUCUUUCUCGACUAGUGGGCACAACCGGAGGAACAUACUGACCACAGUUCAGCCUCGAGUGAGUUACCUGCUGAAUGGUUGGGAACUGGUUUCAUCUCCACUGGCUGGAUGGAGCUCUUAAAGCAUUUUAAAAAGAAGUUGGUUCUCCUCUUCAUCACUGCUCUCUUCCUCUUUUUGGUCUUCACUGUGAAAACGCCCAUCACAUACAACUCAAUCCCAAAACCAUCUGGGCCGCCAAGUGCUUGCUCCAUGAGGAUAUCCGAGCAGACCAUCAUGCCGCUUAACAAUACCAAGCACUUACUGGUGUCAGCCUACAUGGACCAAAGAGUGAAGGAUUUUGAUAUACGCAUCAUUGGCAUAUUUAGGAGAGACUCCAUCCAACCCCUUCACUGCUUUUUCUGCUGUGCUGGUUAUUUAAGUAGAACCACUCCAGCAGCAAUUUUACAGCAUCCAGAUAACUUUGGUUUUCCCUUUGUCACUACGGAUGUCAUGUGUCAGAUUCCUCAGAACUGCAAUGCGACACAUGUCACUCUCUUGACUACACCAGACAAACAGAGUCCAUCUAAUCAUCCAUGGCUCCCAAUAAGAAACAAAGACACAGUUGGACAGAAAGAAGAAAACAUGCAGUUUGACUUUACGGUCUGCAUCUCUAACCUCUUUGGUGACUACAACAAUGUGCUUCAGUUUGCACAGACUCUGGAGAUGUACAAGUUGCUGGGUGUGAACAGAGUGGUGAUCUAUAACACCAGCUGUGGUCCAGAGCUCGAUCGCCUGCUGCAGAGUUACAGUGACGAGGGCUUUGUGGAAAUGGUUCCUUGGCCCAUUGACAAGCAUCUGAAUCCAUCUCGUGGCUGGCUUCACUCAGAGCACGGAGGGGAUUUGCAUUACUUUGGCCAACUGACCACACUUAAUGAGUGCAUUUACAGAUCAAUGGAGCGUUCUCGCUACGUCCUGUUGAAUGACAUUGAUGAGAUUAUAAUGCCAUACCAGCACGAGGAGCUGAUGUCUUUGAUGAACAUGCUCCGAAAUCAGCAUCCAAAUGCAGGGGUGUUCCUUAUUGAGAAUCAUAUUUUCCCAAAGAAACACUUUGAGCCAAGCGGACGGUUUCACCUGCCUCAGUGGAACGGGGUGCCAGGAAUUAAUAUUCUGGAGCACAUCUACAGGGAGGACCCCGCCAGAAACAUAUACCAUCCAUACAAGAUGAUAGUUCGGCCAAGAAUGGUGGAGAUGACUUCAGUCCAUGAAGUGAUCAAGAAUUUUGGAGACCACUACAAGGUUCCACUAGAUGUUUGUCGGAUCAUUCAUGUCCGCGUGGCUCUACUGGGAUCAUUAACCCUGGAGCAGCUUAAUGUGGAUAAACGACUGUGGGACUUUCAGGAAAAACUCAUUCCCAAUGUGGACAAAGUGUUGAAGAGGGUGGGAAUGCUGAAAUUGACGCAGAACUGAUGGAUAAGAUGUACAGGCACUACGAUGGACACUUGUUAAAUGCACUGAAUCAGAUCGUGAAUGUGCACCUUUGAAUCAGGGGCAUUUGUGAAUUUAUUGUGUCAUUGUUUUUUGAAUGUUUGCUUAUUUUGCACCAAGUGCCAGUAAAAUCCCUACACUUCACUGAAUACUGCUUAAUUGCCAAUUUUGAAUAAUUACAAGCUUUUUGAAGGGCACAGUGGUUCUAAUGCUGUGUGAUAUGAGUGUAACCAUUUAAAUAGUCCUUAAUAUAAAUCUGUUGACUUAAAGAACUGCAAAUGUUUUAACUGUCCUGUGUAUGUCCCCUGAAGAGAGUAAAAACAUUUACCAAAUCCACAAUAUAACAUCCCAUAGAAUUUGUCCAGUCGUCAGGUUGGAAGAACCAGAGAUGGGGAAAGAAUUUUGUUUUUUUUUUUAAAUCUGGGAUGGCUGUAGCUCAGGAUGUAGAGCAGGUCACCUACUAAUUGUAAGGUUGGUGGUUACGAUCCCUAUCUAAGCACCUUUGGCAAGGCACUAACCCCAAGUGUGUCUGUGAUGCAUACACUGGAUUAUUAAUGUUAGAUAGAAAGAGCUUAGGGGAAAAUGUACUUUUGUUAAUGAGGGAAGUUGUGUAAAGAGCUUUGAGUGCUCAGAGUAGUAGCAGCUGUAUAAGAACCAGUCAAUUUACCUUGUUUUUUGAUCAGAUUUGGACUUUUCAAGAUAAAGUUUAAAGACUAUUUUGAGAGUAAAGACAACCUGUCAAUACAAGGACACAAGGCCCCGCCUCCCAAGGCCUCCCAAGGCAGGGCCUUGGUAUAUUGUGAAGUUUGAAGAUGAUCCACAAAAAAUGUGGGUAAUAUAAAGUUCUUAUCAGUUUUAACAUUUGGUGUGACCUUGACCCAAUUUUCACCAAAAUGAAUGUCUCGCGCUGUUAUUGGUAUGAACCAUCACACAAAAUUUGAAAAUGAUAUCUUAGACCUGUAUUAGCAUUCCAAGCUUUACAUUCACUACAUAUUUUCCAUUCAAUAACUAGCUGAGAACUUGGAGUAGCCAACAGCAGGUGAUACUAUUGGGGUCCCACCAAACUGAACUGCUGACAUGAUGGUGGCACUAGUUAGAGCAGGGGUGGGCAACUCCAGGCCUCGAGGGCCGGUGUCCUGCAGGUUUUAGAUGUGUCCUUGAUCCAACACAGCUGAUUCAAAUGGCUAAAUGACCUCCUCAACAUGUCUUGUAGUUCUCCAGAGGCCUGGUAAUGAACUAAUCAUUUGAUUCAGGUGUGUUGACCCAGGGUGAGAUCUAAAACCUGCAGGACACUGGCCCUCGAGGCCUGAAGUUGCCCACCCCUGAGUUAGAGGAUCACCAAAGCGUAUAUAGUAUGUCCAGCUUUUUUUUUUUUGCUUUUUUUUUUUUUUCCAUAAAGGGUUAAGGGUUUUUGCUAACUCAUGUGAUCAUCUGUGAUUUCACAUACCUCAGUAUGGAUCAUAUAGCACAUAAUGAAGGUUUUAACCACCAGGUAUUCUCUGGGAAUCCAUCCUUCUUGUCAUUGUAUCUAUUAUUUAAAUAUUUUUGUACUUUUGCCCAGCCACCAAGAAUCAUGAAAGGCUAGUGAAUUUCUUGACUCUUACAGCUGGGUAUGUUUUAAGUCAAACUGCGGUGCCAAUACAGUAUUUUGCUCUGAGGAAAUUCUUCAUAUUUUUAUUAUUAAGUUUGACUUUUCAAUGAAUUUGUUGUUUGUUGUUGUUUUUUUAGUUCUAAGUUAUAAUGGCAAUGAUUGUUACUGUCCUUUUGAAGUCUGGAGCCUGGAUGAUGCCCACAGUUUAAAGGUCAUGGUCUGAAUGUUACCUGUGAAAUGUAACAGUUCAAUUAUAUUAUGACAUCAUAAAUGUUUUUGUUUCACUUCCAAAGCUACAGCUAGCUAGCAUGAGAUUGCCUUCAGAUUUGCCUUAAUUCUUUUGUGGUAUUGAUUAUAGUUAACCCAACACCAAAUAACCACAAAGAACCCGUUUGAGAGGAUUUGAGGUACAUGAAGUGUGUUAUCCUAUCUAAAGCAACCAUCAGAAGGUGAUUGUGAUCAUAAAGCGAUCGACAAGGUUGAGCAACAGUGAUCAGGCAGGCUGUGGUGUUUGAACAGUUCGCAGUUUAUAGUAAGUGGCUCCAAGUGUGCCAAGAAAGUGUUCUUCACGCCAUUACACUGCUACCACCAGCCUGAAGAGUUGUAAUACUCAUUUCUGACCCUACUAUCUGAAUGUCACAGUAAAAAUUGAGACUCUCCAAACCGGCAAUGUUUUUUCCAAUUUUCUUGUCUAAUUUUGAUGAGCCUGUGCUAAUUUUAGCCUCAGUUUCCUGUUCUUAGCUGAAAGGAGUGGCACCCAUGAUCUUCUGCUGCUGAAGUCCAUCUGCUUCAAGGUUUGAUGUGUUGUGAGUCCAGAGAUGCUUUUCUGCAUUCUUUGGUUUUAAUGAGUGGUUGUCUGAGUUACUGUUUCCUUCCUAUCAGCUCAAAGCAGUCAGGCCAUUCUCCUAUAAUCUCUGCCAUCAACUAGGCAUUUUUUUUUUUCUGUAAUCCCUAGAGAUGGUUGUGUGGGGAAAAUCCAAGUAAAUAAGCAUUUUCUAAAAUACUCAGAACAGCCAGACUGGCACCAACAACCAUGACACAUUCACUGAAAUCGCCUGUGUUCACCAUUCACAUACACAGUUUUGACUUCAGGGAGUUGUCAUGACCAUGUCUAUGUGCCUAAAUGCAAUGAUUUGCUGACAUGUAAUUAUACCCUACCAGCAAAGUUUUAGUUUAUUAUUAUUGUUUAAUUGCAUAUUUUUAAAUUGAUUUUUAUAUAAAUAUUUUUUAGCUAACAAACUGUGAUCAUUCCUUUUGCUGUAAUCUUUUUUUUUCUUUGUUUUUGUGAGCAAAUCAGGUGCAUUGUAAAGGGUUCAUUUUCUAGGAUAAGGGAAGGAUGGAUGAAUUCAUAAAUGAAUGAAUGGUUGGAUGAAUCAAUGUAUUCCUCUGGUUGUACAGGUCUACUCUGUAACUACUGCAAAUGAUUAUUUGAGGUUUGAAAUUAUUUAAGCCAAAUGAUUACUUUUGUUUUUCACCAGUAACAUUUAAAGUGUGUAUAACAAAGACAAACGAUAAUUGCAAUUCAUUCUCUUCAAAAGCCAUGAGUGUGGCAUAGCAUGCCAUUUUCUUUGUAUUCAGAGGACAGUUUUAAAAAUGUAUGUGGGGUUUUGUUUUUUUAUUAAGUUUGUUUAUUAUCUGGGUGGUUGAAAUUACAAUAAAUGUAUUAUUUUUCCUGUA